UCCGCCUUCAUCCUUGAGUGGCCGGUGGGAACUUGAAGGGAGAGCAAAAGACGCAGGAAGCCCGAGAGAGGUGUGGGAAAAGCGAAAACAGGCUGCUAAACCAGGGGAUUCCUUCCAGUUUAAAAAGGAAGUCGGCUGACGUCCGUCAGUUCAAUGCAACAUCCUUUUCUGUGUAACAUUUGACUUUGGACACAAAAAUGAACUUCGCGGAGAAAGAGAGCUCUAAGAGAUACUGCAUUAAAACGAAACAUGUGGCCAUCAUCUGUGCGGUGGUGGUGGGCGUAGGAUUAAUAGUAGGACUUGCCGUGGGCUUGAGCAGGUCGUGUGACUGCACCACGGACGCGGGGCAGAACGCGGACCAGCUGCCUCCCACCGCCGGCCCUUCGCAUGUGCCUGCACAGGACCAGGACGUCUGCCCUGCCAGUGCAGAUCAAAGCGGAGGGUGGACGAAUUUCAGGCUGCCGGACUUCAUCACCCCCGUGCACUACGACCUGGAGGUGAAGCCCCUGCUGGAGGAGGACACGUACACAGGCACCGUGAGCAUCUCCCUCAACGUGAGCGCGGCCACGCGGCACCUGUGGCUGCACAUCCGGGAGACGAGGAUCACGCGGCUCCCGGUGCUCAAGGGGCCCUCCGGGGAGGAGGUGCAAGUCAGCAGGUGUUUCGGGUACGAAGAGCACGAGUACGUGGUGGUCGAAGCAGAAGGAGAGCUUCCACCCAGCGGCGGUGACGGUCUCUACCUCCUGACCAUGGAGUUCGCCGGCUGGCUCAACACCUCCCUCGUGGGGUUCUACAGAACCACCUACACGGAGAACGGACAAGUCAAGAGCAUAGCGGCCACUGAUCAUGAACCAACAGAUGCCAGGAAAUCCUUCCCUUGUUUUGAUGAGCCCAACAAAAAGGCAACUUACACGAUAUCCAUCAUCCACCCCAAUGACUAUGGUGCACUUUCAAACAUGCCAAUGGAGAGUGAAGAGUCUGUGGAUGAUACAUGGAAACGAACAACUUUCCAGAAGUCUGUUCCCAUGAGUACUUACCUGGUGUGCUUUGCCAUACAUCAAUUUUACCCUGUGGUGCGAAUGUCAAAUAGUGGAAAACCACUCACUAUUUAUGUCCAGCCAGAGCAAAAGCACACAGCUGACUAUGCUGCAAACAUAACUAAAACUGUGUUUGAUUACUUUGAAGAAUACUUUGCUAUGAAUUAUUCUCUUCCUAAACUAGAUCAAAUCGCUAUUCCAGAUUUUGGCACUGGUGCUAUGGAGAACUGGGGACUCAUCACUUACAGAGAAACAAACCUGCUGUAUGACCCUGAGGAAUCAGCCUCAUCAAACCAACAGAGGGUGGCUGCUGUGGUUGCCCAUGAACUUGUGCAUCAGUGGUUUGGAAAUAUUGUGACCAUGGACUGGUGGGAUGAUUUGUGGCUAAAUGAAGGAUUUGCUUCUUUCUUCGAGUUUCUGGGAGUAGACCAUGCAGAAAAAGACUGGCAAAUGCAUGACCAGAUAUUACUUGAAGAUGUAUUGCCGGUACACGAGGAUGAUUCUUUAACGUCUUCACAUCCAAUUGUUGUCACUGUGACUACCCCUGCUGAAAUAACAUCUGUUUUUGAUGGAAUAUCCUAUAGCAAGGGGGCUUCCAUUCUGAGAAUGCUUGAAGACUGGAUAACACCAGAGAAAUUUCAAAAAGGAUGCCAGAUUUAUUUGCAGAAAUUCCAAUUCAAGAAUGCAAAAACUUCAGAUUUUUGGGAAGCACUGGAAGAGGCAAGUAAUCUACCAGUGGCAGAAGUAAUGGACACCUGGACUAGACAGAUGGGUUACCCGGUGCUUAAUGUAGAUUAUGUGAGGACUGUAACACAGAAACGCUUUCUGCUGGACUCAGCAGCAGAUCCUUCCCAGCCAGUGUCAGAUUUUGGUUACACAUGGAAUAUUCCAGUUAAAUGGACUGAAGAUGAAGUAUCCAGUACUAUAGUCUACAAUAGGUCAGAAGGAGGAGGAAUCACUUUGAACUCUUCUAAUACUAGUAGAAAUGGUUUUCUCAAAAUAAACCCAGAUCAUAUUGGGUUUUAUCGUGUAAAUUAUGAACUAUCAAUUUGGGACUCGAUAGCUCUAAAUCUUUCUGACAACCACAAGACCUUUUCUUCUGCUGAUCGUGCAAGUCUGAUUGAUGAUGCUUUUGCUUUGUCAAGAGCUCAACUUCUAGAUUAUCGGGUGCCUCUGAACUUGACAAAGUAUCUCACAAGCGAAGAGGAUUAUUUACCGUGGCAGAGAGUAAUUUCAGCCGUAACCUACAUCAUUAGCAUGUUUGAAGAUGAUCAAGAACUAUACCCUAUAAUUGAGGAAUACUUCCAAGGUCAAGUGAAGCCCAUUGCUGAUUCUCUAGGAUGGAAUGAUACUGGAGACCACCUCACAAAGUUACUCCGUACCUCCGUGUUGGGGUUCGCAUGCAAGAUGGGAGACAGAGAAGCCUUGAACAAUGCUUCUAAAUUAUUUGAUCAGUGGCUAAGUGGGAAUGUCAGUCUUCCUGUAAAUCUCAGGCUUCUGGUGUAUCGGUAUGGGAUGCAGAACUCUGGCAAUGAGACUUCAUGGAACUAUACUCUUGAGCAAUACCAGAAAACUUCAUUAGCUCAAGAAAAAGAAAAACUGCUGUAUGGAUUAGCGUGUGUGAAGAAUGUUACCCUUUUGUCGAGGUAUUUGGAUAUGCUCAAGGACACAAACCUUAUUAGAACUCAGGAUGUGUUCACGGUCAUCCGGUACAUCUCAUAUAACAGCUAUGGGAAGACCAUGGCCUGGAAUUGGAUACAACUCAACUGGGACUAUCUAGUUGACAGAUUUACAAUCAAUGACCGAUACCUCGGCCGAAUUGUCACGAUAGCAGAGCCAUUCAACACUGAACUAGAACUUUGGCAGAUGGAGAGCUUUUUUGCAAAAUAUCCAGAAGCUGGAGCAGGAGAAAGUCCUAGGGAGCAAGUGCUGGAAACAGUGAGAAACAAUAUUGAGUGGCUGAAACAAAACAGAGACACCAUAAGGGAGUGGUUUUCUGAUUUGCCUAAGGAUGGUUAAUGUGUUCAAAUGUCACAGCUUAAUUCUGUGAAUCUGUUGUUUCUCCUAUUAAGAAUUUGGUGGCCUAAUUCAUAAGUGCUAUGGAGGCAGUUUUAUAAACAGAUAAUGCUUUUGCUAAGUACU